GCUCUUUAGGUCCUGCCUGCUGCUGCUUGCAAUUGCUGCGGGUGCAGAAGGAGCAGCAGCAAGAGAGGAGAACAAGAAGAAGAAGAGGCAGCCUUCUCUUUUUCUUGGCGGAGGAGCUGAAGGGAGAAGCAUGCCGGUGGAAGAAGCCACCGGGCUCCGGGUGUUUCAGAGCGUCAGGAUUAAAAUAGGAGAAGCUAAAAAUCUUCCUACAUAUCCAGGGCCAAACAAGAUGAGGGAUUGCUACUGUACUGUAAACCUGGACCAGGAAGAGGUUUUCAGGACCAAAAUAGUGGAGAAAUCAUUAUGCCCCUUUUAUGGAGAAGACUUUUACUGUGAAAUUCCACGGAGUUUUCGUCAUCUGGCAUUUUAUAUUUUCGAUAGAGAUGUUUUCCGCAGGGAUUCAAUCAUUGGAAAAGUAGCAAUACUGAAGGAAGAUUUGCAGAAGUACCAUAACAGAGACACCUGGUUUCAGCUGCAACAUGUUGAUGCUGAUUCAGAAGUACAGGGUAAGGUCCAUUUAGAGUUGAGGCUGAGUGAAGUCAUAACAGACACUGGUGUAAUUUGCCAUAAGCUUGCUACAAGAGUUCUAGAAUGCCAAGGACUUCCAAUUGUGAAUGGACAGUGUGAUCCUUAUGCAACGGUUACCUUAGCAGGACCAUACAGAUCAGAAGCCAAAAAGACAAAAGUUAAGAAGAAGACAAACAAUCCACAGUUUGAUGAAGUGUUUUAUUUUGAGGUUACCAGACCUUGUAGCUAUAACAAAAAAUCCCAUUUUGAUAUUGAAGACGCUGAUGAAGUUGACAAGAUGGAAAUCAGAGUCGAUCUUUGGAAUGCAAGCAACUUGAAGUUUGGAGAUGAAUUUCUAGGAGAACUAAGGCUACCUCUGAAAUGCCUCCGGCAAUCCAGUUCUUAUGAAGCAUGGCAUUUCCUGCAGCCCAGAGAUAAUGGAAACAAGUCACUGAAACCUGAUGACCUGGGUUCCUUGAGGUUAAAUGUGGUUUACACAGAAGACCAUGUUUUUCCUUCAGACUACUACAGCCCACUUAGAGACCUCUUGUUAAAAUCUGCAGAUGUUGAGCCUGUUUCAGCAUCUGCUGCCCACAUACUGGGUGAAGUCUGCAGGGAGAAACAGGAGGCAGCCAUACCUCUGGUCCGACUCUUCUUACAUUAUGGCAAAAUAGUGCCUUUCAUUAGUGCAAUCGCAAAUGCUGAAGUGAAAAGAACUCAAGAUCCAAACACCAUUUUCAGAGGAAACUCAUUAACAUCCAAGUGCAUUGAUGAAACAAUGAAACUGGCAGGAAUGCAUUAUCUUCAAGUUACACUAAAGCCAAUUAUUGAUGAGAUUUGCCAAUUGCAUAAGCCUUGUGAAAUUGAUCCUGUAAAGUUGAAAGAUGCUGAAAAUUUGGAAAACAACAGGGAAAAUCUUAGGCAAUAUGUAGACCGGAUAUUCACAGUUAUUUCAAAAUCUGGGGUCAGUUGCCCUACAGUCAUGUGUGAUAUCUUUUUCUCACUGAGGGAGUCAGCAGCCAUACGUUUCCAAGAUGACCCUGAUGUUAGGUAUACAGCAGUAAGCAGCUUCAUUUUUCUGAGAUUCUUUGCACCUGCAAUUCUUUCUCCAAACCUCUUCCAUCUUACACCACAUCAUCCAGAUCCGCAGACCUCAAGAACUUUGACACUGAUUUCCAAGACUAUACAAACAUUAGGCAGCUUAUCAAAGUCUAAGUCUGCCAGUUUCAAGGAAUCCUAUAUGGCUAUAUUUUAUGACUACUUUAAUGAGCAAAAAUAUGCUGAUGCAGUAAAAAAUUUCUUAGAUUUGAUUUCAUCUUCUGGAAGAAGAGAUCACAAGAGUAUAGAGCAACCAAUACUACUAAAGGAAGGGUUUAUGAUAAAGAGGGCUCAAGGCAGGAAACGAUUUGGUAUGAAGAACUUCAAGAAGAGAUGGUUUCGACUCACUAACCAUGAAUUUACUUAUCAGAAGAGCAAAGGUGAUCAUCCAUUAUGCAGCAUUCCAAUUGAAAACAUUCUGGCAGUAGAAAAAUUAGAGGAGGAGUCCUUCAAAAUGAAAAAUAUGUUCCAAGUAAUUCAGCCUGAAAGAGUCCUGUACAUCCAGGCAAAUAACUGUGUUGAGGCCAAGGACUGGAUUGAUAUCCUCACCAAAGUUAGUCAGUGUAAUAAGAAGCGUCUCACUGUCUACCACCCCUCUGCAUACCUUAAUGGGCACUGGCUGUGCUGUAAAGCUACAGCCGAUAAUACCCCUGGCUGUACUCCCUGCACUGGGGGCCUACCAGCAAAUAUACAGUUAGACAUAGAUGGAGACAGAGAAACUGAACGCAUCUAUUCCUUAUUCGUUUUGUAUAUGACUAAACUGGAGAAAAUGCAAGAGGCUUGUGGCAGUAGAUCUGUGUAUGAUGGGCCAGAGCAGGAAGAGUAUUCAACAUUUGUCAUUGAUGACCCUCGGGAGACCUACAAGACACUAAAGCAGAUUGUUGCUAGUGUUAAAAACUUGGAGCAAGAGCAUGCCCAGUACAAGAGAGAUAAAUUCAAGAAGACAAAAUAUGGAAGCCAGGAACAUCCUAUUGGGGACAAAAGCUUCCAGAGUUACAUACGGCAACAAUCAGAAAUCUCGGCACAUUCCAUUUGAAGUCUGAAGUAAAUCACAAGACGGUGUUGCUGAAAGGUUGAAAUGAAAAACAAAAGAAAGAGAAAAGCCACCUGUAGCAAGAUGUACAUAACAAGUGUCAAGCUUGCUGAGGCUUGCUAAGUGUUUUCUCUCUUUCUCUCUUUCUCUCACUAUCCAAGAACUGUUACAAUAGUUGCUAUGCACUUUAUUCAUCUGGUGUUAACAGAUGAAGGAACUCUGCCUUCUAGGCAGCUGUUUUUUUUUUUUUUUUUU